UGUCGCUUCUCGCUGGUUAACAUGGCGGCGGCCUGGGCUGCGGCGGAGGCGCGGAGCCAGAACCCGUGAAUUCGGGGGGUGUAGAAGCCGCAGCCUGGCCUUUGCCGUGGAAAGGUGCGCGGGAGAGGGCGGAGAAGCUCCGUGGAGGGCGCUGUGUGUGCGGGGGAGACUGAAACAUUGUUAAACCCACCGGCUGCGGAAGGGAUGUGACCGGCUUACCUCGGGCCAUCCCGGCGGCUGCAGCGGCGGACGAGCAGCUUAACGAGAGGCCGGGGAUGGGCCAGCAAGUAGGCCGUGUCGGAGGUGAGGCACCUAGUGGACCGCCACCACACAGAGGAAGCAGGAGCUCCGGAACAAGGCUGGGCAGCCACCCCGGGGCUGUGGGAACGGGAGCCGGGGGCCGGAGGAGGGAGACUACCGGGAGGAACAACCCUGAGCCCGGCUUUAACAUCUUUGCUCAGCACGAAGCCUUGCACCGUCCCUAUGGCUGUGACUCAGAGCCUCAAGCACUCAAUGACGCCAUCCGCUGGAGUUCCAAAGAGAAUUUGCUGGGAGCCACCGAGAGCGACCCCAAUGUCUUCCUUGCUCUCUAUGACUUUGUGGCCAGUGGAGACAACACCCUGAGCAUCACCAAAGGAGAGAAGCUGCGUGUGCUGUGCUAUAACCAGAACGGAGAAUGGUGUGAGGUGCUGUCUAAGAACGGCCAGGGCUGGGUGCCCAGUAAUUACAUCACCCCUGUCAACAGCCUGGAGAAACACUCCUGGUACCAUGGCCCUGUGUCCAGGAGUGCGGCAGAAUAUCUUCUCAGCAGUCUCAUCAAUGGCAGCUUCCUGGUGCGAGAGAGUGAGAGCAGCCCAGGUCAGCUCUCCAUUUCCCUGCGAUACGAAGGUCGAGUCUACCACUACCGCAUAAACACUGCCUCUGACGGCAAGGUUUAUGUCACCGCGGAGAGCCGUUUCAACACACUGGCUGAACUGGUCCACCACCACUCCACCGUGGCUGAUGGCCUUGUCACUAUAUUACACUACCCUGCACCUAAGUGCAACAAGCCUACAGUCUAUGGAGUGUCCCCCAUCCACGAUAAAUGGGAGAUGGAACGCACAGACAUCACCAUGAAGCACAAACUGGGAGGUGGGCAAUACGGAGAAGUCUAUGUUGGGGUCUGGAAAAAAUAUAGCCUGACAGUUGCUGUAAAAACACUCAAGGAAGACACUAUGGAGGUAGAAGAGUUUCUGAAGGAGGCUGCAGUCAUGAAAGAAAUCAAGCAUCCCAACCUUGUGCAACUCUUAGGUGUCUGCACACUGGAGCCCCCCUUUUAUAUUGUAACUGAAUACAUGCACUUUGGGAACCUGCUCGACUAUCUCCGGGAAUGUAACCGGGAAGAAGUGACUGCUGUGGUUCUGCUUUAUAUGGCCACACAGAUCUCCUCUGCCAUGGAAUAUCUGGAGAGGAAAAACUUCAUCCACCGGGACCUUGCUGCAAGGAACUGUUUGGUUGGUGAAAAUCAUGUGGUGAAAGUGGCUGAUUUUGGUCUAUCUCGUCUGAUGACUGGAGACACCUACACAGCUCAUGCCGGUGCCAAGUUCCCUAUUAAAUGGACGGCUCCGGAAAGCCUGGCGUACAACACUUUCUCCAUAAAAUCGGAUGUCUGGGCUUUCGGUGUGCUGCUAUGGGAAAUUGCUACCUAUGGCAUGUCCCCCUACCCUGGCAUCGACUUGUCCCAGGUUUACGACUUGCUGGAGAAAGGUUAUCGAAUGGAGCAGCCAGAAGGUUGUCCCCCGAAGGUCUAUGAACUGAUGAGAGCAUGCUGGCAGUGGAAUCCCGCCGAUAGACCAGCCUUCUCUGAGACACACCAAGCCUUUGAAACCAUGUUUCAUGAUUCCAAUAUAAAUGAAGAGGUUGCUGAAGAACUGGGGCGCACUGCUUCUUCCACGUCAUCUUAUCAGAGUCGGCUUCCCAUGCUACCCUCUAAAUCCCGUACCCUUAAGAAGAAAGUGGAGAAUAAGGAAAACAUUGAAGGCACCGGUGAUUCAUCAGAUAACUCAACCUCAAGCACAACUACUCCAGGAGCUCUUCGUGGAUCCCCUGUAGCAAGCGGCUCCCCGGCUCUUCCACGCAAACAGAGGGACAAAUCUCCAAGCAGUUUACUUGGAGACUCUAAAGAAACAACGUUCACCCGUGACCGAAAGGGAGGAUUCUUCAGUUCUUUCAUGAAGAAAAAGAGCGCCCCUCAGCCUCCAAAACGCAGCAGCUCCUUCCGCGAAAUGGAAAACCAGCCUCACAAAAGGCCAGAACUAACUGGAGAACUUACUUCUUUCCAGCAACUUGAUGGUCUAGACACUCCUGCUUCUCCUGGCUCGCAUAAAUGCUAUGGAGGAACAUCUCAACGUGGUUUCGCUGAAGAUGCCAUAGGGGGAGUUAGUGGAGGAUGGACUGGAAUAUCUGGCUUCUUCACACCCCGCCUCAUAAAAAAGACAUUUGGAUUGCGGAGCGGAAAACCAGUAAGCACUGAGGAUCAAUCCAAACCUUUCCCGAGGUCAAAUUCCACAUCUUCCAUGUCUCCUGUUGUUCCUGAGCAAGACAGGAUGGCCAUGACACUACCCAGAAACUGCCAUCGGACUAAGGUCCAGCUGGACCGUGCGCCCUCAGUGGCCCCACAGCCAGAUGAGAACCAGCAGGAACCUCCGAGAACUGCAUUAGAUAUAGCACCCCCGCAGACAAGUAGAGAGAGAGGAAAGCCCAAAAUGCUUCCACGGACUGGAGGAGGUGAGCGAAAUGGUGGUCUGCGCACAGAUGAGAGGUCCUCACCCAGCAAGCAUGUAGGAGGUGCCUCUUCGUCUUUCAGCGCUGCCACUCACAACCACAAAGUGCCCGUUCUCAUUUCACCAUCACCACGAAAUGCAUCUACGGAUACUCAGCUGGUUGGCAUGGAUUCUUUAGGUCACACCUUCAAAUUGCUUCAGGAACACGUGUCACCAGCUGGUUCUGAGAAAGACCGCCCUUCUCAUCGCCGGAUGAAACCUAAAUGUGCUCCCCCUCCUCCUCCAAAUGUUAGAUUCCUGCAGCAGCCAUCCACAGAAGAGAGGACCUCACCCACACCUACACAGCCAGUCACUGAAAGGGCAGCCAAGCCCUCCCGACCCAUGCUGCCACCACCACCUCCUGUUAUCCAAGUAGGAAAGCUUUCCAAUGGGGCAGCAGGGGGAGGCAGGGGAGCGUUAAGGAAGUCCAAGCAACCUGUAGAGAAGGUUCCUGCAGAAAAAAUAAGCAAAGAAGCUCUUCUGCAGUGUGCUGGUAUGCUAUCCAGUGCACUGACCGUUCCCCAACCCAACAGCCAACUGGUUGACACAGGACACCAGCUUCUGGACUAUUGCACUGGAUACGUUGACUCCAUACCCCAAACACGAAACAAAUUUGCCUUUCGCGAGGCAGUAAGUCGACUAGAGGUUAGCCUGCAGGAGCUGCAGGUGUCUUCCGCAGGUUCUGGGGCUGGAGGCGCAUCCUCUGCUUCCCAGGGUCCAAACCCUGUACUUAAUAACUUACUGUCCUGCGUACAGGAGAUCAGCGAUGUGGUGCAGAGGUAGCCAUCAAUGUCUUGGAUGUAACGUAAAUGUUUCUAUAAUACAUUGAAUGACUGUCACCAAUCUGAUGCACUGGCAAGUGUGGGACAGACAGUAGUAACCUCAUCUGUGGGGGGGGGGGCGGGGGGAAUCGUAGAAGGGUUUAUUCUCUAGUGUUGCUGAAGGAAGACUCUUUACUAUGCUGGUCAAGACCGGAAAAAAUAUUUAAAAAAUCCAGCAGAACACAUUUUAACACUAAAACCGAACAUUUUACUUUUGUUUUUUUUAAUCUUAAAUCAUGUUUGCUUUGCUUUUUUUUGGUCCUUUUUACAUCUCAGGUUUAAUAUAUUUUUCUCCAUUUGGAGCUUUAUUUUCUCCAUGGGUCCAAAAUACAGUUAGGGAAGUUAGAAUACCCUUUGAGGUCUAUCGGUUAUCUUCAAAUGAGACAGUGGGUACCAUGGCUUGGUUUUAGUUUGGCACCUCCUCCUCCUUGUGCCAGGUGGAGAAGUCUAUGUAUAUAGGUGGUGGUGGCCGGUACCUCUGAUAUAGAGAAGGGUCUACAGCCGUCCUGGCAGGUUGUGUCUGCAUGGCCUGCGUGCCGAGGUGCGCCCACUUUAAGUCUGAUCACAAUCGCCAAACUGAUUUCAUUGGGAACUAAUGACAUGGUCACUGAAGCACUUUGUCUCCCAGGUCCUAUUUACUGGUAGGUGCCAUUCCCCCGGAUAUUUAUUUGGCUGCUGCCUCCACUGUAUGUAACCAACGGGAACACUAGUGUAAGUAUAUGGCAUAAAUCUGACAUUUUAGGAAAUUGUUUUUGUUUUUUUGUUGGAUAUUACAUUUCCAUUGACAUCACAGCACGUUUUCUAUGCAUUCUCUGACUGCUUCGGCAUCGCACAUUCUCCGUGUACACUCGGCGCACCUACCCGAUGGAUGUCAUUUGAUCACUGAGUGACUACGAUGUCUCUUGUUUUCCAGAUUUUGUACAGAGAAUAUUCUAUUGUAACCUCACGUGGGGUAUGCCCUCUCUUUCUGUAAAGCAUAAUCUGCAAGAUAUGUAUAUGGGAGUUUUGUGAUCUAUAUACAGAUAGUUGAUGAAUGCGAUGGUCUGAAACGCUGCUUCUGGGCAGUACUGGAAUUCGGUCAUAACUGGAGUCUUGAGCACCAGGUUUCAUUUAGUCACAGACAUUGAGCGCUGGUUUGAGGUAUGGAGGGUGCAUUUACUUAGGGCAGACGUCUGGCUUAAAGGGGUUAUCCAGUAAUGUAAAAAAAAAAUAUAUAUGAAAAUCAGACAACAUAUAGUACAUGACAAUCUCUUUCCAACAAAGCUAGAACCGGCCCUGUACCUCACAUGGAUCCAGAGAUCUCAACAUUCAUUGCUCUGCUAGAUUUAUAUCAAGCUAGCGGCUCAGAGGCGUGCACUUUCUGCUGCAGCUUUUGGCAGUUGAAGGACGGAACUGAGCAUGUAGAAAAAAAGGGGGGGCGGGGCAAAUAGGUGGCGCUAUGCAGAGAUUUCAGCAGGCAUCCUCAAACUGCGGCCCUCUAGUUGUUGUAAAACUACAACUCCCACAAUGC